CGCGUUUCCUAUUUUUUACUCCAUGUAUAACGAAACGCGUUUCCUAUUUUUUACUCCAUGUAUAACGAAACGCUUUCAAUCUGUGAUCUUGAAGACUUGAACCACUCACGAAGUCACGAGUUACAACAUUCUCUCAUGGCUUCUCUUCCUGCUUCUUCUCUGUCUAAAACCUUGAGAUACCACGUGUUCCCGAGCUUCCACGGACCAGACGUCCGUAAAACAUUUCUAAGUCACGUGCGCAAGCAGUUUAACAAUAGCGGGAUUAUGAUGUUUGAUGAUCAAGGGAUCGAAAGAAGCCAAACCUUAGCCCCAUCCCUCACACAAGCUAUUAUAAAUUCGAGGAUAUCAAUCGUGGUGCUCUCAAAAAACUAUGCUUCAUCAAGCUGGUGUUUGGAUGAAUUGGUGAAAAUUCUAGAGUGCAAGAGAGUCAAUGGACAAACAGUGAUGACCAUCUUCUAUGGAGUAGAUCCAUCAGAUGUACGGAAACAGGCCGGUAAUUUUGGGAGGGCUUUCAACGACACCUGUGUAGGUAAAACGGACGAAGAGAGGCAGAGAUGGACUCAAGCUUUGACCGAUGUGAGCAACAUACUCGGGGAACACUUCCUAAACUGGGACAAUGAAUCGAAUUUGAUUGAAAAAGUUACGAGAGAUGUUUCGCACAAAUUAAAUGUAUCACAAUCGAGGGAUUUUGAAGGCAUGGUGGGACUUGGAGUUCACAUCACAGAAAUUAAUUCUCUUUUAUUUCUAGAAGACAAUGGAGUGAGGAUGGUGGGAAUCUGUGGCCAUGCCGGCAUUGGUAAAACUACAAUUGCUAGAGCUUUACAUAGUCUACUCUCUAGUACUUUUCAACUUAGUUGUUUUGUAGAAAACGUUAGGGGGAGCCAUCACACUGGCCUUGAUGAGUAUGGUUUGAAACUUUGUUUACAAGAACUACUUCUUUCUAAGAUUUUGAACCAAAGUGGUACUAGGAUAUUCCAAUUAGGUGCAAUAAAAGAAAGGCUUUGCCACCAAAAAGUGCUCAUCAUUAUCGAUGAUGUCGACCAUCUAGAGCAGUUGGAGGCUUUGGCUAAUGAUACUACGUGGUUUGGUCCUGGAAGCAGGAUCAUUGUGACCACAGAAGAUCAAGAACUUCUGAAGCAACAUGGUAUCAACGACACGUACCAUGUGAAUUUUCCAUCGGAUGAAGAAGCUCUUGAGAUUUUUUGUCGAUAUGCGUUUAGACAAAGCUCUCCGUUUAAUGGUUUUAAAAAGUUUGCAGAAAGAAUAACACGGCUUUGUGGAAAUCUCCCACUCGGUCUUCGUGUUGUGGGUUCAUCUUUACGCGGGAAGAGUGAGGACGAGUGGGAAGUUGUAACGCAGAGGCUAGAAACAAGUCUUGAUCGAGAUAUUGAGAGAGUACUAAGAGUUGGCUUUGAGAGUUUACACGAGAAAGAUCAAGCCUUAUUUCUACAAAUUGCAUUCUUCUUCAAUUACAAAGAUGAUAAUCACGUGAAGGUCAUGCUUGAUGACAGUAACUUUAAUGUCAGUCACGGGCUAAAAACCCUAGUCAAUAAAUCUCUCAUAUUUAUUUCUAUCAAAGGAAAAAUAGUGAUGCACAAGUUACUACAACAACUGGGAAGACAAGCGAUUCAUAGACAAGACCCUUGGAAACGCUACAUCUUAAUAGAUGCUCCGGAGAUUUCUGAUGUCCUUGAAAAUGAUACAGGCACUAGAAGUGUGACGGGUAUAUCAUUUGAUAUAUCUAGACUAAGCAACGACGUUUUUAUAAGUGAGGGAGCAUUUAAAAGAAUGAAAAAUCUGCAGUUCCUCAAUGUCUACAACACAACAUUUCAUGGUACAAAAAGCUUGCACAUACCUAAGGACAUGGAAUUUCCACGUCGUCUUAGGUCACUACGUUGGGAGGCAUACCCAAGAAAGAGCCUCCCUCCUGAAUUUCACCCGGAAUAUCUUGUCGAACUUAUAAUGAGAGAGAGCCAGCUCCAGAAGCUCUGGGAAGGAACUCAGCCACUUACAAAUCUCAAGAAGAUGGACCUGGAAGGAUCUUGCCAUUUGAAAGAACUCCCAGACCUUUCAAAAGCUACAAAUCUUGAGCGAUUGGUUCUGAAUGAUUGCGAGAGUUUAAUAGAACUUCCCUCCUCUUUUUCAAGUCUCCAUAAACUGAGAGUGUUAAAGAUGGUUUACUGCGUAAAGCUACAAGUUGUUCCAAACCUCAACUUGGCAUCUCUUGAAAUGGUUGACAUGGAUGGAUGCUCAGGAUUGAGAAGCUUCCCAGAUAUUUCUAGAAACAUCACAACACUUGUUAUAGCAUACACAUCAGUAGAAGAAUUGUCAGCAUCAUCCAUCAGGUUAUUGUCUCGUCUUUGUCACCUUGAUAUAAGCGGAAGUCGAAACCUCAAGACGUUAACACAUGUCCCAGAAAGUGUAACGCAUCUAGACCUGAGCUAUACUAGUAUUGAAAUGAUUCCGGACUGCAUCAAAUGUCUUCAUGGUCUACAACAUCUUUAUCUAGCUGGCUGUAGAAAACUCAGAUCACUGCCAGAGCUUCCAAUUUCACUCAUGACCGUACUAGCAGAAGGUUGUGAAUCGCUAGUGGCCGUAUCUUGCUUUCUCGACACUCCAAAUGCGCAACUCAAUCUCAGUAGCUGCUUUAAACUGAGCCGAGAAGCACGGAGAGCAAUUAUCCAACAACGGUUUCUGCGAGGGUGGGGAUGCUUACCCGGAAGGAAAAUCCCAGCUGAGUUCAGUCACCGAGGUAAAGGAGAUCAUUUGGUGAUCGGUACAGAGGGUAAGAGUCCAUUUUCUGUAUCAUCUGGGUUUCAGGUUUGUCUUGUGAUCUCCCCUAACCAGCAUACUGGUGAAGGAAUGUUUCCGGAACUAUUGUGUCAUCGUAUAGGCAGAAGCGGUUGGCCUGUUGAAAAUCUCCAUGUUUACUAUAUCCCCACGUUUCGGACAGAACAUAUGUUUAUAUUUCAAUCUGAAUUGCUUGACAAAGACAGAUGUCUCGAUGUGGACAACGAGAUACUGUUUCAGUUCAGCUGCGAGUUCCACGACAUCAUUGAAUGUGGUAUCCGGAUCAAUGCAGAUGAAGCAGUCAAAAGUAGCGGUGAAGACGAUGACUGUAGCUAUGAGUAUGAACACAGUGAAGCGUCUGAAUGCACUGAAAAAUAUGACACAACAUUUGGACUAACCUGUGAUAAGGUAUCCAAAGAAGAAGAAGACAAUGCGAGAGGGAACAACCACACAGAUUGCUGGAAUUGGAUAGUCCUCUGUUUUGAUAUCUCUGAUAUCUUAAGAAACUUCGGAAGAUUGGUUUGGGAGAGAGUACAACCGAAUCAUGAUGCGUUCAAAACAAAAGAUAAGAUAGAUGAUGAGGAGGAGGCCACUGAUCAAUCCAAUGUGUUGGAUGACUUCACAAUCUAGUUCGUACCAGCAAGAGAAGAUCAUUGGUGUGAGAUGUCGUCCUCUUGGACUUGGAAACUGGGACCAUUACAGUAGUUUGUUGUGCUUUUGACCGAACAUAUAUCAUUCACUGUAAUUGGCAAAAUUCUAAUUUUACCACAAAUUUGAUAUCAUUUUAAAAAUUUAUCAGGAUAAUCAUUUUUCAUAAA